CCUGGGCUCUUCCUAGUUAUCCGCUGCUGGGAACGGCUCCCCCUUGAAUUGCACGACAUCAUAUGCGACCUCCUAGUGAUCAUCGCUGAUGACAGUACGAGCUCGAGGCUCUCUCUGGUCUCGAAGGUUUGGUCCCGAAGCUUUCGCCCUCGCCUCUUCAGCUCGCUUCGCUUGAAGAACGAUGAAGACUGCCACACACUCCAUAGUAUACUCCGAUCCCCGCUGUCAUCAUGGCUUGCAGAGUACAUCAUUAAGCUGGAAUUUCUCAUUGAUAACCACUUCCACUAUCCACUCUGUACAGCACUUCUCCGUCUCUUGCCGGCGUGCCGCGCCAUCUGGCAUAGCUUUAAUCAAACCUCUGGGUAUGUGUUACGCAGCGCGGCUCUGAAAAGCUCGUUACGGAACCUCACCUCUCCGGAGCUGUCCAACUGGACCUUUCCAUCAUUCCAAACUCUGCUACGCGUGCUAGCAGACAUCACAUACUUGAAGACCAUCGAGUUUAGCUUGGUCAAAUGGUCGGGCGACAUUCCCACAACAGCCGAUGCUGUAAACAAUCUCUGCUCUGGCUCAUUCAGCCAUGUCCGCAAGAUCCAACAGUUCCGCUGCACAAACAACGCAGCGGUGCCCGCUUGGAUCCUGGCCGCCACGAGUACCCGACACUCAUUCACCCGACGUCGGACUCCAAGGCCUGCGGUUGGCGAAGAAAUGCUGGCCAUCAUCAAGCUCAUUCAGAUGUUC